AUGGCUGGGCGAAGCUCAACGCCACAGCCCAGCCACAAUUCACAUGCCGGCGAUCACUUCUACGACGAUCACUUCUACGACGAUCACUUCUACGACGAUCACUUCUACGACGAUCACUUCAACCAAGACGGGCAGAUGUACUUCAUGAAUACUGAGACGUAUGAGUAA